AUGGCGCUCCUGUUGCUUCCUCCUGUAUCCUCGGAAACGGAUUGGACAGAUUACAUACAAAUGACGUCCGUGCCUCUUGUCGGCCUCGAUCUCAGCUGCGAUCUCGUCUGCGGUCUCGGCGCUUUUCCAGGCCUUCGGCCUUCCUUUCGCGCCUUGACCUUGCCUCGCUCUUGCCCUCGAUCUCGACCUUGUCGAUCCACGGUCAACCGUGCAUUCCUUGGCUUCGCCGCGGAAAGCACGACUGACCUCGAUCUUCAAGGGCCACGAACGUUUUUAUACAAGAUGCUGACCUGGAAGGUCCCGCAAAUAAUGAAAUAG